GACCAUGGCGGGUCGGACCCUAGCUCUGCGCUCUGAUCCCCCACGGCACCCCAUCUCUGGGACCGGGGUGCCUGGAUCCUGGCCCAGCUGGCAUCUCACCAGCAGUGGCGUCGCCCAUCACUUUAUCCCGCCCGUGCCCUUUCCCCCGCCCACUGUGCAGUCCACGGUUGCGGAGCCCCUGCCCCCGGCUGCAAAGCAGGAUUUGCAUAUUUGGGCUUUCGACGAGGUCAUCAGCAGAUGGGAGACGACCUCGGGCUCAGCUCACGUGUCCAAGACCCACGGGGGGCCCUACGCGCAGCCCAAGGCCCCAGAACCUGCGGACCCCACGCGGACUGUGGGGAUCAAGGAUUUAGGGGAAAAACUCAGACACCGCGGCUGGCGCCUUCCUCUGAUCACAAAGCACCAGUGCAGUGAGACCAGAGCGCAGUACACCGGCUGGCCCGACCUCAACCGGGGCAUCACCUCCUUCAUCGGGCCCCAGCCCUUGGAGCUUGCGGACCACAAUCGAGGGGGCCCUUCCCAGGCUCUAAUCCCCUGGACGAAGAACCCCGAGCUGGCCGGCCGGUCUUUCACUAUUUCUGGCCAGGGCGUCCUGGACCGCCAUCAGCUCUAUCUGACCACUUCGGCUCGGGACUUCCAGGCCUACUCCAAGAAGGAGUUGUUAGGCUACCCUCGGAAGGAUUCGAUGACCUCCUGGAGCUUCGGGGAGACGCCCCAGGUCUGUGGCCACGGCCCGACACAGCCGCCCGGUCCGUGCUUCUCUCGACCACCCCGGCCGCUGAAAACCCGCGUGCCGCGCGCCCGCCCGGUGAUGCCACCCGUGCCGCACCGCGGGGCGCUGUCUCUGGCUCAGGAAUCCUACAGCCCCCCGCUGCACCCACUCCGCCGGCUAGACCGUUUCUGCCCGCUGGAGCUGCCCUGGGGCGGCCCCCACUGGAAGCCCGUGUCAGGCAUCUACAGCGUGCCACAAGCCUAUCGCACCGAGAACUCCAACUACGGCAGCUUGAAGCUGGCGCUGGUCUGAGCA